AGAGCCAUGGAGUCCGCAUUACAAAAUCCCUUCCCUUUCAUGUCGCUGCCCCCGGAGCUGCGCGACAUGGUCUACGAGAACCUCCUCGAGGAUCCAUACUACCCGGCGCCGGCACCAUGCGCGAAGCACUCACUCUCCGAUAUGAUGUCCUGGAUGAUGCCAAGCACACGGCCCUCAUCAGCGGAACGCAACACCAAGCAAUGCAACUGGAUAUUGUUGGCCAACAAGCAAAUCUACGCCGAGUUCAUGGACUUAAUCUGCAAGAAACGUGUCUUCCAUCUCACAGUGUCGCCUGAAAACUACGCAGUCCCAGCCGAUGAAUCCUUCUUCGCGCCCGCAACUACCGCCUCCCCAACCUCCACGCCCUCCCCCUCCUCCGAUCAAAGAAUAUGGAACGUCUCCCCAACCAUCAUGGCCAAAGUCCGACGCUGCGACAUCAAACUCAACGCGACCUCCGCGAUGCUCGGCGUGCCGGACCCCCGCAACCUAACCCCCUCCACCUGGGCCCUCGCCUCCAAAGUGCGCUCCGAACUCUCCGCCAUCUCGCUCGUCCGCGAACUCAACGUGCACGUCAAGGCCAUCGGCGACCCGCUCUGGAACCCCCUCUGGGUAUGGUACCACUCAGCGCAGAGCUUCAAGACCAUGGGGUCCGAGGUGCUCGACCCGGCCACGGGGGAGGUGACUAAGCAGGACGGCCCGCGCGUGUCGCACAUUACGUUUUCCCUCGACACGUGGUCGCCGGGCGAGAACUACCUGCAGCGUGUGCCUGAGAGCGGGGACUGGGCGUGGUAUUGUACCGAGGGGCACUGCGUGGGGAGUGAUGGCGGCCCUGAGAUGACGGUUAGGGGGUUCUGUGCGAGGAUGUACGUGCAGUGUAGGACGUGCCAUCCUGAG